CAAACCCAGACGCAGGCUCAUACCAAUGAAAAUGGCGGCGGUGGGGUCCGCCAAAUCCACUGGACUGGGGCAGAGAAGCAAAAGCAGGCCUGGCGCUCACGCCGCUCCUCUGUCUCUGGAGGAGGCCCGGUGCCCGGUGUGCUCAGAGAUCCUCCUGGAGCCCGUGACGAUGCCGUGUGGACACUCGGUGUGCCUGCACUGCUUCCAGCGGACGGUGAAGCUGAUCAGCCUGUGCUGUCCGCUGUGCCGGCUGCGAGUGUCCAGCUGGGCCCGUAAACAGUCCCGGGAGAAGAGCCUGGUCAACACCGAGCUCUGGGAGCUGGUCCGGCUCAGUCACCCGGAGAGAUGCAGGCGGAGGAUGGAGCAGAGAGAUGGAGAGAUCGCGGACGGAGAGAUUUUUCGUGCACCUGUACCAAUUCAUAAGUCUGGAGAAAUGCGUCAAGAGUACGAGAAACAAAAGAUGAAGGGUGGAUGCAGUGAAGAAACUGAAGAGAGAAAGAAAAAAAUCCAUAGAAAGGAAGAGUGUGGGAUGCUGAAACAUUGUCAAUAUCCUUUCUGUGGCGUGUCAGACUCUGAGAAUGAAGAGCCAGUGGGAAAGAGGACCAGACAUGUUUCAGCAUUUGUACGAAAAACAAGAUGCUCCCCUGCUGUCAAUAGAGGCUGUCUUCAUAGCACUGCUGUUCAGAGGAGCAGGAGCUGUACAGAUUCUGAGGAUGGCAGAGGAAAAAGCAGAGUUCACACACAUCAUGCCAUUCCUGACAAGGCUAGCAUCACUCAUAGUUACAACGCUGGAAUCCUUCUUUCCUCGGAGAACAGUCUAUCUUUUUCAGCCCCGGUACUGAGCCUAGAUAAGAGACACCACUGGCGGGGCAUCCACACCUCAUCCGUUUCUGUUGUGCUUCAAUCGAAACCAGAGAGGUCCAUUAGCCCCGAGAGCAAUGAUAGCAUAUCGGAAGAACUCAACCAUUUCAAGCCUAUCGUCUGCUCGCCAUGCACACCCCCCAAAAGGUUGCCCGAUGGGCGACUUUUGGAACCUACGAUCGUGAAGUCGACCCCUAGGAACUUGACACGGACUCUGCACAAGUCCACAAGCUACGAGGCCAGCCCAACCAUCUUGCAGAAGUGGAAGCAGAUUGAAGUCGAUCGUCAGUGCAUCAAGGUGACCUCAAAAGGUACAGUCACGAGUCCGAUCGCAGAGGAUCUUAGCCUUAAAUUGAGUCCCGUUGAAGAACAGGACAGCCAACUCUGCAACUGUGCUGUGGCCAAGGACGGCUUAGAGGAUCAUCAAUGCAAUUGUGGGUCUAAGGAUCGGAAGGAUAAACUUGUAGUCUGUAAUAAACGACGGCUUAUAUUUGAUCAGUGUAACAAAGAGGAAGAUACACAGCCAGUUAGCACUCACAUCAGGUCAACACCUCAAACUGUUGCAGAUACUUCGUCCCCGAAAAGGCGUAGCAGAUGCAAAGCACUCUGUGAACCCACAGAAACUUUAGAUAAACACGCUGGACAUGGUACUCAGGGUACUGUAGACCCUGAGAACUUAAUAAAUGAGCCUACCACCCGGAGCUGUGUACUUAACAGACCUACCUCAAGAAGGGGCAAAAAGAGAAGCCACAAAACCAAACACUUGGAAGAGAACCUACAGACAAAAAUAUCCCGGACAGAUAGCUGCAAUGCCUGCGACAGGCUUGAUGAUCUGAUUGUCCGGCGAAUGAGUCAGGAAAAGGAGGACAGAGAACUGGCGCUAAAGUUACAAAGACAGUUUGACAGAGAAUGCCAAAAAGUGGACCGGCACAAAACAAGUCGUAACAAAUACGAACUCAGGUCCUGGGCUACAAAAGAUGGGAUGGUAGGACACAAUACACGCAGAUCAGGAAGAAUCUCCAAAAGAAAUGAGCACUUUAACUAUAGCUGUUAAGGGGCUUGCGGUUAUAGUAGUGUUUUAUUGUAGUGAUUUGUUACGGUCACAAGCGUUUUCUUUGCUUAGGCACUACAAAGGCUUUCUAAUGUCUGGAAAAGUAUUGCAAGAUAAGGUAUUUACUUUUUUGACUCGUCAUUUAACAGAUGUGUUUCAUCCAAAGCAACUUGCUUUAAUCGAGUCCACCUAGAGCAACCUGGGGUUAAGUGCCUUUGCUCAAGGGCACAAUGGUCGUAGGAGAGGAUUGGGCUCUCAGCAACUUUCCCAUUCAUGGGGAUUCAAAGCUGCAGUGUUUUGUUUCCAGCUCUGUUACUGUUUAACUGGCUUCUACCACUCAAAACGAGGAAACUGGGUAUAUGUUGUUUGGGGGACGGAAAAUACAUACAGAACUAUAUAUAAGAACUCUGAAAGGCUUUUUAGUACUUCAAGCCAGAGACGAUAGUACUCCUUACAAUCUCUUUGUGCUCAUCACAAUCACAAUUGCUCCUUAAGAAGUUUGUUUGCAUGUUUUAAAGUUAUCAUAGGACAUUUGUACAAAGGUGUAGCUUAACCCUUUAUUUGGCAUUUCUUGUUUCCAGUGGUCUGGGAAGUUUUCUCUUGAUGUAUCAAUCUAUCAAACAACUCGUACCAAUACAUAUAUAUGUAUAUUUUAUGAAUGAUUUGGGUGGAAAAGAGUAAAAUUGUAGCCUUAGGUCAGAAAACUACUCUACACAAAUACAUAGACACACAAACGCUUGGUCAACGAUUUGCAAGAGCACAGUCUUGUUUGUACAUAACCUGUUUACUGCGUUCUUGAGUACUAAGGUUUGUUUCUGCCACAAUGCUAAAGGCAGCGAUAGAGUUGCCUUCAAAUGUUUGUUCCAUUUAAUCAGGAUGUAUUAUUUUUUUAGUUAGCUAGCUAUGGACAUGUCAGCAGUUAAAGGGUUAGUUCACCCAAAAAUGAAAUUUCUGCCAUUAAUUACUCGCCCUCAUGUCGUUCCAAACCUGUAAGACCUUCAUUCAUCUUCAGAACACAAAUUAACAAGAUAUUUUUGAUGAAAUCCGAGGGUUUCUGAACCACACAUAAGCAGCAUCGUCAUUGCACCUUUUGAGGUCCCGAAAGAUAUUAAAGACGACUUGACUGCAGUGGUUCAACCUUAAUGUUAUGAAGCGACGAGAAUACUUUUUGUGCGCAAAAACAAAACAAAAAUAAUGACUUUAUUCAACAAUUUUUUUCUCCUCCCUGACAGUCUCCUAUGCUGUUUAUGUUGUAGACUCUGUGCAGCACUUCCUUGUUUACGUCCAAAGGCCGGCUCAGUAUUGGCUGACGCUGUACGUGUGAGCACAAUGACGCAUGCUUGUGAUGCUGGCGCAGGAGCCGACCAAUAAAGAGUCGGCGUUCUGACGUAGAACACGGAAGCGCUGCACUGUGUUUACUAUGUCAACAGCAUAGGAGGCAGUCGGGGAGAAGAAAUUGUUGAAUAAAGUCAUUAUUUUUGUUUGUUUUUUGCACACAAAAAGUAUUUUCGUCGCUUCAUAACAUUAAGGUUAAAUCACUGGAGUCACAUCGACUAUUUUAACAAAGUCUUUACUACUUGACUUCAAAAGGUGCAAUGACAUUGCUGCCUAUGUGUGGUUCAGAAACCCUCAGAUUUUAUCAAAUAUAUCUUAAUUUGUGUUCUGAAGAUGAACGAAGGUCUUGCGGGUUUGGAACAACAUAAAGGUGAAUAAUUAAUGACAGAAUUUUCAUCUUUGGGUGAACUAACCCUUUAAGGUAGAGCCACUUUAAGACACAUCCAAGGUUACCAACAAAACUAUUUUUGUAGUUUUAAGCUUUAAAAAAAGAAGUCAUGGACAAUUUUAUUUAUAUGGAUAUCUGCAGACAGUGAUUGACUGUCGUAAAACUCCAGCAGCAAUUCAAUGACUUUCUCUAAUGGUAGAGCUGCGGAGGUUGGGAUCUUAAGAUCUCCGAUUAAGGGGUUAGGGUUAGGUAAGUAAGUAGUUCACCAGAGAAACUGAUCGUAGAUUACGGUUUAUGCUCUAGCACCCCUUAUGGCAGUGCUGAGAAUGCAACACUUGUAUUACGAAUUAUUUUGUUAAACAUUUCAUCAUUUGAAAACAAACUUGAGUAGAAAGCUCUUGCGUUCACAUGUUUGUGUAGAGUAUGUUUUGGGCCUAACUGUACAAAUAUAUGUUUUUACUAUUAAGUAAAAUAGCUAUAAAAUAGUUUGGGAUGUUAAAACUCUAAAAGGCAUUGUGCGAAAAUGUUGACCGUUAAGAUUUCUGUUUUAUUUGUCUUUUUAUUAUUUAAACAAAACCUAACUUUUUUUUUUUCUUUUACAUUUCAAGUGUUUUGACACUCUCCAAACUGUAAUCUAAAUAACAUAUAAUAAAUCAAAUUAAGAGGAUAUAAAGUAACUGCAUUUUGGAUAACGCCAUAAUGAAAAAUGAUGCAUCCUUAAUUGAUUUGGCAACUAGCAAAACACAGAUGUGGAUUUUCUUUAAGACAUUAGAUUUCUGUUAUUAUGUUUUUUGGAGUUUCCACAUAUUCCACUUUUAGCUUGAUCUUCACGUUCUUAAGGGCUACUUUCAUUUCACAACUUUAUCUUUAUCUGCUUUGUUUCCUAGAAAGAUCUAUCUUGUGACUUGUGUUUGCCAAGAAAGCUUUAAUCAUGUUACUUUUGCUGUAAUAGACAUUCAUUUGGACCACAUCUAUAUGCACAUACAUUUACUCUUGUCUACUUUUGAACUCAUUUUAUUACAGACAGAUCAUUUCAGUCCUGUGUACUUGUUUGUAAUGUGCCAACAUGUCUGAUUUCUGCAGUCAGGCAGUCUUUCCUUUUCCUUUUUUUCUUGUUAAGUUCUAUACAAUUCUGUAGGUUGCCAGAUGUACUAUUGGAGAAGAUAAGAUAGAUUUUUAUGCAUUACUGUACUAUUUUGGAAAUAUGACUUGCCUAUAUUCAUACUGAUGCAAGGGAUUGUUUCUGACUGGCUUUCGAAGCACUUGGAUUGUCUUCCAUUGUUGAACGGUAUUGCUGGACUUGAAAGAGAAUGUGGCAUAUAUGAAUUAUGUGGAGAUGUAAAGCACACAUUAUAUUUAUUUGAACAGUACUUCGUAAUAAUGUCAUCUUUUUAAAUAUUGCCUUUUUACAGCAUUUUCUGGUUUCCGUCAACAACACACUACGAGCGUUAUAACUGACAUGAAAGGAAUUAAAUAAUGUAGCAAGUU